AUGAAAUCAACUCAUACAAAAGAUUUUUCUUGUAUUGUAUGUCCAAAGAAAUUUUAUGACAAAGCUGAAUUAAACGAACAUUCUCGAGAACAUAUUGGUGAAAAUUUUCUACCUUCAACGGUCAAUGCUUCAACGACAUUUAUGCCUCCAACAACCUACCCUCCAACAAUUCAACCUUCUUCAAUUAUACCACAGGAAAUGGUUCAUGAAGAUGACGUAACUUUCUUGCACAAAGUCUGUGAAGAUCAUAAUGGAUCAUAUUUCCUGAAAUGUAAUUUAUGUAUAAAAACCACUUUUAGUUACGCAUCAUUUAGAUUACAUGCAAAAAAAGCGCAUAAAUAUGAAUGGUUGUGUCUGGUUUGUUGUCAAGUAUUGCCAACUCGAAAUGCUUUGGGAUCACACAUGUCAAAAAAUCAUAGAAAAUGUUUUCCCUGUACUGUAUGUCCAAAGGAAUGUUUUGAUAAUACUGAAUUAAAUGAUCAUGUUCGUGCAAAUCAUUCUCGUAAAAAAUUAUCAUCGGGAAAAUCAAAGGGAAUGUUGACCAUUCACGAAUUAAUAUCAGCCCAACCAAUAUCAAUCAAAUGCAAGAUUUGUUCAGAAAUAUUUGAUACUCAUUUGAAAUUUAAUAAGCACAUUAGAUUACAUGGUGUUAAUUUCUCAUGUCGUUAUUGUUCUCAAGCAUUUUAUUUAAAAUGGGUUAAGAAGUCUCAUGUAAAUCAAGUUCACAGAUUUUCAUGUAAAGAAUGCAAUAGAUUUUUCCUUACUGCAAAAAGUUUAUCAGACCAUUGUUCAAGCAAAGCACAUCAAAAGAAUACAAACUCCUCGGUACAACCGCAACUUUCACAAUUAGAAAUGAUCCAAUCCACGGCCCCACAAGAUUCAAAUUUCGCGCAAGAAGAAGGUUCUAGAUCAAAGACAAAGGAAUCCCCCGAAUUCCUUCAUGAUUUUAUCAAAAAUGCGGAGAUGGAAAACGAUUUCGCUGAAUAUUUACUUGCGACUUACAACUUUAAAUGUAAGUCAUGCAAACAAAUAUUUGGAAGUCGUCUUGAAUUUAAUGAACAUGUUAAACAAGAACAUGAUUUGAUUCAUAUAUGUGAGAUAUGUUCUCUAGUUCAUUAUAAUGAACUAUCACUACUAGUACAUAGGAAUAAUGAUCAUUCAAUUAAAGAAUUUUAUUGUAAUUAUUGUAAUAGCUCAUAUUUUCUUGAGAAAGAAUUACAUGAUCACAUUUUUGAAGCACAUGUAGAAAAGGAUGCACAACCGGUAGAAGUAAGUAUGGAAGUGGAGUACGCAAAUGAAUAUGAAGGAUGUAGUCAAAUUCAAGGAGAAGUGUUUGAGAAUUAUGAGGAAUAUGAUGAGGAGAGCGACUCAUUUGUCGAUGAACAUGAUCAUGUCCUUGAUGCAAUUGAGACUACGAAUGGUGAUGAAGGGCAUAGUAAGAUGCAAGUGGAUGUUAAUCGACCAAGGACCGAUGACUAUGAAACCAAUAGAAUUAAGACUACUAAUUAA